AUGAACAACCGUAAUGCUAGGACUGCUAGAGGGGGAGCAACACAAGAAGACCCCCGAGUAGAUGGAUUGCUACGAGCAUUGGAAGCUUUGGGUGAUAUAGUUGGGCAGCAAGUGAGGAAUCAAGCUGCCGCCGCUCCGCCCGAGGACCCGUUAGUUGGAAACGGGAAUGGAGCUCAACAGAUACAAAAAUUGGUGAAGCAAUUCCUGGACCUCAAGCCGCCAAAAUUUUCUGGAAUUGGCGAUCCCGAGGCCGCCACUCACCGGAUAAAGGAACCGGAGAAAGCUUUUGCACUACCGAGGUGCAAUGAGGAGGACAAGGUGACAUUGGCGCCUAUCGCUUGCAAGGGAAUGCCAAGCACUGGUGGCAAGCUACACAAGGCAGAGUUUUCCCCGAAGAUGGCGGAAUUCAUGCGCCCGCGCCAAAACCCGAUGUCCGUAGACCGGUAUGAGGCUAAGUUUUUCGAGCUGUCUAUGUAUGCACCUAGAAUGGUGGAAGAUCCCGUGGACAGAACAAGAAGGUUUAGAGAUGGGUUGAAACCGAGAGUGAAGGAUCGGUUGGUGCCGUUGAACUUGAAAGAUUACAAUGAGUUGUACGAAAGGGCCCGAUUGAUCGAGAGAAAUAUGAUGGAAAGGGCUGCUGCAUCCGGAUCACGAUUUGUGCCCUCUGGUAGGAAUGAGCGUAGAUUUGGCAAGAGGCCAAUGUUGGGAGGAAGGUCGACCAUCCCACCUAACCGGAGGAAUGCCGUAGGAAAGCCGGCUCUUGGAAAUGGUGGAAUAUGCCGAUUUUGCAAUCGGAGGCAUGGGAUCGCCCCGUGUCCCUUCGGGAAUGGAGCCUGUUUUGGUUGUGGUCGGAUGGGCCACCAAGUGAGAGAUUGCCCACGGAGGCAAAGAGGAGUUACGGCGCCAUCACAACAAGGAGGACAGCCGCGUGGGAAUACGCAAUGCAAUUACCGGAGCCGACCUCCAAAGCAAGGAAGAGUUUUUGCGGUCUCCGGGGAAGAGGCGAAGGAUUCGCCGACCGUUACAGGUACGGUCUUCUUGCAUGAUCAUAUAGCAUAUGCGUUGUUUGAUCCUGGAGCCACGCACUCCUUUGUUGCUGAGCAGCUUGUUAAAUUAGUUGGGUUGAGUCCGAAAUCGCUGGAAACGGUCUUUAAGAUAUCUACGCCGCUAAAAGAUAGUGUAAUAUCUCGCGAGAGGUUGUCCCGAUUGUAA